CAUGUGCAUUGCUUUGGACUGUUCUUAAAGGAAGUACAACGAAAAUCACGUUUUUUCAGUUCUCAAUCUUGAAUUUUAUUUUAACAAUGUAUAGUUUUCAUUUUGCGUAAAAAUAAAAAACGAAAAAAAUUUGUUUCUCAUCGUACGUCUUUUAAGAAUACUCCUGGAUUAAAUAAGCAAGCUAGUGGCUUACAAAGUACAAGCGUGUUUGUACGAUAAGAUGUUUGUAGAUAUUAUCGUAGUGCUGUUGGUACUAUAUUAGUUUACGAUAUUUGUACACGCAGUACAUUUGAAAGUAUCAGACAAUGGUUGAAAGAAGUACGUGAUUAUGCUGAUGAUAAAAUUGCUAUCAUGUUAAUUGGAAACAAACUGGAUUCACAAACCUUACGAACAGUUUCGACGGAUGAAGGAAAAAAGUUUGCAGACAAAAAUGGUUGCUUAUUUUUUGAAACAUCAGCAUUGGAUACAUCUAAUGUGGAACAAGCAUUUGCAUCGUUAUUAGCAGUGAUUGAAGAAAAAGCAGAGAGCAAAAAUCUUAUAAUUCAAAUGAAAGAGGCUCAUAACAGCAAAUGUUCGAUUAUAUAA